GCCGCGGGCACCAUGAAGAUCUGGACGUCGGAGCACGUCUUCGACCACCCGUGGGAGACGGUGUCGACGGCGGCCAUGCAGAAGUACCCCAACCCCAUGAACCCCAGCGUGGUGGGCGUGGACGUGCUGCGCAGACACGUGGACGGUGCCGGGAAGCUGCACAGUCUCCGGCUGCUUAGCACCGAGUGGGGCCUGCCGGCCGUCGUCAAGUCCAUUAUUGGCGAGGCAAGAACCAAGACGUACGUGCAGGAGCAUUCUGUGGUCGACCCCGUGGAGAAGACCAUGGAGCUGAAAUCCACUAAUAUUUCAUUUACAAACCUGGUGUCGGUAGAUGAAAGGCUUAUAUACAAACCACAUCCUCAGGACCCGGAGAAAACUGUCCUCACGCAAGAAGCCAUCAUCACCGUGAAGGGCGUCAGCCUCAGCAGCUACCUCGAGGGCUUGAUGGCCAACACCAUCUCCUCCAAUGCCAGCAAAGGCCGAGAAGCAGUGGAAUGGGUAAUUCAUAAAUUAAAUGCUGAGAUUGAAGAACUGGCGGCCUCCGCACGAGGAAGCAUUAGGACCCCGAUGGCGGCCGCAGCGUUUGUGGAGAAAUGACGACCGGCCCCAGCAGCCUGUACCCCGGGUCCCAGCAAGUUGGCAAUGUAUUUAUUUGCUAUUUUUAAAAGACGACUAUAUUCUAGUUUUAAAAAAAGAAGUUUCUAACAAGCGGAAGAAAAUUUAUUUACGUGACUUUUGAUCAAUACAAAGAGGUGUGGGCUUCUCAAUAAAAAGGGAUUGUCCAAAAUUAGUGUUGUUGAAAUUACCACUUGAUUUUGAGGAUUCCAAGUGUUGCCGCGAAAAUGGAAGUUUCUCCCGGGAGCGCUCCCCGCUGUGGAUCACCCCAAAACAAGGCAGAGCCACCUCGUAACACGCGUGUCCUGCCGUGGGAAGUGUCGGGAGCUUACGCGUGGGAGCUCACUUGAGAUGGAGAAACUGUUUAGGUUUCAAACAUUUGUGUAAGAUUUGCUUGCCCUUCUGUUGAUCACUGGAGAGGAACUUAAAUGACGUUGUUGGAGUGAAAAAUUAUCACUGUGGUAAUACAUGACCCAAACAAAAAAUAAGAUUUUUUAUUGUAUUAAAGAGUACUGUAUUGAUUUGCCAAAAUUUUUGUAAUUUAGUAAAAGGUAUUUCCUUCCUUGGAUUUGUACUUUAUGAUUUAAUAUGCUGUACCGUGGGUUGGUUAUGUUAACUGCAAAAAUAAAGUCAUUACCAGAC